AUGUUUUCUAAAAUCGUAGCUCUGUGCGCGUUGGUGGCGGUCUCUCAGGCGGGCCUCCUGCCCGAGCCGCACUACCAGUCUGCAGUGUCCUCCCAGAGCAUCGUGCGUCACGAUGAGGGUCAGGCCACCAAGCUGGCCUAUCAAGCUGCCCCCGUCGCCUACCACGCCGCCGCCCCUGCCGUCUCUUAUCACGCCGCCCCUGCUGCCGUGACCUACCACGCCGCUCCCGUCGCGAAGGUCGCUGUCGCUGCUCCCAUCGCCUACCACGCCGCCGCUCCUGUGGUUGUAAAGGCCGCCCCCGAGAGUCUCAAGGCCGCCGCCCCCAUAUUUUUUGAUGAGUACUUAAAUUGUUAUCAUUCAUUGAACGAUCGAACAAUCAACAUGUUCUCCAAAAUUGUAGCCCUUUGCGCAUUCGUGGCGGUGUCCCAGGCGGGACUCCUGCCCGAGCCGCACUACCAGUCCGCUGUCUCCUCCCAGAGCAUCGUGCGCCACGAUGAGGGCCACGCCACUAAGUUGAUCGCAGCUGCGCCCGUUGCCAAGUUGGCUUACCAAGCCGCCCCCGUCGCCUACCACGCCGCGCCCGCCGUGGCUUACCACGCCGCUCCCGCUGCCGUGACUUACCAUGCCGCCCCCGUCGCCAAGAUUGGUUACCAAGCCGCCCCCGCCGUUUCUUAUCACGCCGCCCCUGCUGCCGUUACCUACCAUGCCGCCCCCGUCGCUAAGGUCGCCGUCGCCGCUCCCAUCGCCUACCAUGCCCCCGCCCCCGUCGCCUACCAUGCCGCUCCCGUCACUAAGGUCCUCGCUCAACCCGAGGAAUACGCCCACCCGAAAUACGAGUACUCUUACUCCGUUGCUGACCACCACACCGGUGACGACAAGUCGCAGCACGAGAUCCGCGACGGUGAUGUCGUGAAGGGCUCUUACUCUUUCCAUGAGGCUGAUGGCUCCAUCAGGACUGUGGAGUACACCGCUGAUGACCACAACGGUUUCAACGCAGUCGUACACAACACCGCCCCCAAGGCCGCCCCCGUGGUCGUGAAGGCCGCUCCCGUUGUCCUCAAGGCCGCCGCCCCCGUCCUUUCCCAUACAAUCAACAUGUUCUCUAAAAUUGUAGCCCUCUGCGCGUUAGUGGCGGUGUCCCAGGCGGGACUCCUGCCCGAGCCGCACUACCAGUCCGCCGUCUCUUCCCAGAGCAUCGUGCGUCACGAUGAGGGUCAGACUGCCAAGCUGGCCUACCAAGCCGCCCCUGUCGCCUACCACGCCGCUCCCGCCGUCUCUUACCACGCUGCUCCCGCUGCCGUGACCUACCACGCCGCUCCCGUCGCUAAGGUCGCCGUCGCUGCCCCUAUCGCCUACCACGCCCCUGCCCCCGUUGCCUACCACGCUGCUCCUGUCGCUAAGGUCCUCGCUCAACCCGAGGAAUACGCCCACCCCAAAUACGAGUACUCUUACUCUGUUGCUGACCACCACACUGGUGACGACAAGUCGCAGCACGAGAUCCGCGAUGGUGAUGUUGUGAAGGGCUCCUACUCUUUUCAUGAAGCUGAUGGCUCCAUCAGAACUGUGGACUACACCGCCGAUGCCCACAACGGCUUCAACGCGGUCGUGCACAACACCGCCCCUACCGCCGCCCCCGUGGUUGUCAAGGCCGCCCCCGUGGUCCUCAAGGCCGCCGCCCCCGUCCUCUCUUACUACCACCACUAAGUAAUCAUGAUAAUGUAAAACCAAAAUGGCUGUUGAAUAAUUUUAUUUAUUGCAAUAUACGAAUAAGUUCGAUAAAA